AUCUCUUAGGAAACUCAGUGCUCGUGGAUCACUCUUCUCUUUCUUUAAAAAUAUUUUGUUUUCUUUAGAAAGGCAGCCCAUCAUCUUUAAGGAAAGUUCAGAAGAGUAGAAAGAUGGGGUAGGAGGAAGUCACCUGGAACCCCACCAGUCAGACACAACAACAAUGAAUAUGUUGCUGUAUUUCCUUCAAAUAUUCAUUAUAUUCAUACUGCAUUUACAAAUUAGUCUAGGUGAAAUCUUUAGAAAGAAUUUCCUACUCCUAACCUAGGCCUGCUUUGGACAAAGAAAACCUUGAUAGUUUAAUUUGUCCUCGGGACCCAUGGGUGUGGAUAGGUUUGGGCCCCAGCAGGUCAGGGGCUCCAGGAAAGCCCAUCAAAUUUGGGCUCACCACAGUCACUCACAGCAGACCUGGGGCAGGGGAUGGCCAGACCAGGGGUUACCCUCUCUCCUGCCCCCCACCAUCACUCCCACCAGCUUCAUUAUUUUUACCUUUCACAUUUAGAUCCAGUUAGUUUGGGGAUAGGAUAUGAAUUCAUUUUUCCAGACUCCUUUUUUUUCUCAUAUGGAUAUCUAAUUGCUUCACCUACAUUUAUGGAAAAGAUCAUCUGUUCCCUACCAUACUGCAGUGUCACCUUGUCAUAAAUUAAGUGACCUUACGCGAGUGGGUCUAUUUCUAGAUUCUCUUCUGUUCCACUGGCCUCCUCAUCAGUCUUUGUGCCAAUUUCACACUGUAUUAAUUGUGGUUGCUUUAUAAUAAAUCUUGAUAUCUAGUAGUGUAACCCUCCAACUUUGUUCUUCAAGAUUGAUUUGACUCUUCCUGAUUCUUUAUGUUUCUCUGUACAUUUUGGAAUCAGUUUGUCAAUUUCUACCAAAAGAAGUAUGCUGGGAUUUUGAUUGCCAUAACUCUGUAGGUUAAUUAGGGAAUAAUUGAUAUCUUUAUAAUAUUGAGGCUUCCAAUCUAUGAACAUUCUUUAUCAUCUUUAAUGUUUGAUAUUUUUCAACGUAGAGACCUUGCGCAUCUUUGAUUCGAUUUAUUCCUAGGUAUCUGAUAUUUUUCAUGUAAAGUGGGAAAGGAUGUCUGAGGGGUUUUUCCCUAAUAACACUUCUGACAGCAAAUGAGAGGGUUUUUCUCCUCCUGAGAUCAUUUAUCCAAUUCUCUGACACCAACCGGGUGUUCAACAAUUCAGUUUGAUUCUGACACUAACUACCUGGAUUAGCACAGACUCCUCAGGCUCAGCCCCACAAACUGCCCCCCACCUUGGACUCAGGUUCCAAGGCCCAGGUCCCCGUACCUCUGACCAGCUGGCUAAUAAUUGAGGUUCCCACGACCCCUUCCUCACAUUUGAUAAUUUGCUAGGAUGGCUGGUGGAAGUCAGGAAGGCACUCUACUAUUACCAGUUCAUUAAGAUGCAACUUAGGAACACCCAAAUGGAAGAGAUGCAUAACGCCUAGGGCAGGGUAUGGGGGAAGGGUGCAGAGCUUCCAUGCCCUCCCCAGACGCGUCGCCCUCUCAGGACCUUGAGGCGUGCACCAGCCCUGAAUCCUCUCUCUGAGGGGUUUUUAUGGAGGUUUCAUUAAGUAGGCACAAUUGAUUAAAUCAUUGGUUAUUGAUGAUUAACUCAGUCUCCAGCCCCUCUUCCCUCCCCAGAGGUGGGAAUGGGGAGGCUGAAAGUUCCAACACUCUUGUCACUCUGGGGAUUCCAAGAGGUUUAAGAGCUCUGUGCCAGGAAUAGGGGGCAGGGUGUGGGGUGUACAAAGACCAAACGUCUAUUUCCCAUUGUACCACAGCAUCUUUUUGUAAAUUUCAUUUUCUAUUUGUUUGUUGCUGGUAUGCAAGAAUACAAUUUUUUUUUAUAUUGACCUUGAAUUGGGGACUUCUAAAAUUCACACUUAAUCCCCAAAGUUUGUAUGUAGAUUCUUCUAUGUACGCAGUCAUAUUGUCCCAGGCAGUGUUGGCCUCACCAUGGUUUUGGGCAAGUCCUGGCAGCCUCCCUUUAGGUGUGGAUUUCCCGCUAGCUAAGUGGCUGGCUCUGAUUUCUAAAUCUCUACUCCCCCUCCCCCAAAGGCUGAGCUCAGUUCAUUGCUUCUGUCAGCUCCCUACCUCCCCUGUAACCCCUGGAUCCUAGGACUCUGCACUGUCCUUCUUUCUCCUCAGGCCCUUCCUGCUGCCUGUGGGAAGAACUUAUUCUGGAAUUGCUGUUAGGGUGGACUCAGGAGGGGCAUCCCAGAGUCAUGUAGACCAUUUGCUAAAGAUGCUUUGCAGGAACUUCCCUGGCAGUCCAAUGGUUAAGAUUCCAUGCUUCCACUGCAGGGGGCGAGGGUUCCACUGAUCCCUGGUCGGGGAACUAAGAUCCCGCAUGCUGCGGUACAGCCAAAAACAAAAAAACGAAAAAAAAACAAAAACAAAAAAGAUGCUUUCCCCGUGCAUUCCUGCAGCAAACGCUGGGCCUUUGGGUGCGGCCAGGGAGUUGGGGCCAGGGAUGUUCUGGUGGGGAGAGAGGGAAGUAUUAGCCACCUGUUUUGCAACUCUAGGCUGUGUCCCUACACCUCCAGAAGGGUUUACAGAGUGGGGAGGAGAGUGAAACCAUCAGCUGAGCUAAUCCAGAGAUAGAGGGUCUGUCAGGACAGAAUUGCAGAACUGAGACUCUUCUGUAGCCAAAGACAACAGGGAGGAGGUCAGGCUUUACCAAGCCAUGAAGAGUCUAUGUCGUGGAGCAGUGACGAGGGCCCCAGAACAAGAAAUCAGGAAUGACCACUGCCAGGUGGCUCCGAGAGGACAGGAGUUGGGCAUCACUCCCAGGCUUGGAUCUGCUCACCUUCUGAUGUCUGCAGGGACCUGAGCUGAGAGACAGGAUGCACGGAGAGGCACCAUGUUCCGCAAGAAAAAAAAGAAACGCCCUGAGAUCUCGGCCCCACAGAAUUUCCAGCACCGCGUCCACACCUCCUUCGACCCCAAAGAAGGCAAGUUCGUGGGCCUCCCCCCACAAUGGCAGAACAUCCUGGACACACUGCGGCGACCCAAGCCCGUGGUGGACCCUUCACGCAUCACCCGGGUGCAGCUCCAGCCCAUGAAGACAGUGGUGCGGGGCAGCGCGGCGCCCAUGGACGGCUACAUCUCGGGGCUGCUCAACGAUAUCCAGAAGUUGUCAGUCAUCAGCUCCAACACCCUGCGCGGCCGCAGCCCCACCAGCCGGCGGCGGGCACAGUCCCUGGGGCUGCUAGGGGAUGAGCAGUGGGCCGCCAACUCGGACAUGUACUUGCAGAGCCCCCAGUCUGAGCACAGGGACCCCCAUGGCCUCUACCUCAGCUGCAACGGGGCCGCACCAGCAGGGCGCAGGCAUGUGCCAUGGCCCGAGCCACAGAGCCCGCGGGUCCUGCCCAGUGGGCUGGCCACCAAGGCACAGUCCCUGGGCCCCACCGAGUUCCAGGGCGCCCCGCAGCACUGCCUGCAGAGCUCCCCAACCGGCACCUCGGCCUCCACGGCUGCAGGCAGACGGGGGCCCAAGACUGCCGGGCAUGGCUCUGAGGAGGCCCGGCCACAGUCCUGCCUGGUGGGCUCGGCUGCAGGCAGGCCGGGGGGGGAGGGCAGCCCCAGCCCCAAGACCCCGGAGAGCAGCCUGAAGCGCAGGCUGUUCCGAAGCAUGUUCCUGUCCGCUCCUGCCGCCGCCCCUCCAAGCAGCAGCAAGCCAGGCCCUCCACCACAGAGCAAGCCCAACGCCUCUUUCAGACCGCUGCAGAAAGACCUCCCCCCAAGCCUGGUGGCCAAGGCCCAGUCCUUGCCCUCAGACCAGCCCGUGGGGACCUUCAGCCCUCUGGCCACCUCGGAUACCAGCAGCCCCCAGAAGUCCCUCCGCACAGCCCCAGCUGCCGGCCCCCCUCCAGGACGGUCUUCCCCGGCGGGCUCCCCCCGCACCUGGCAUGCCCAGAUCAGCACCAGCAACCUUCACCUGCCCCAGGACCCCGCAGUGGCCAAGGGUGCCCUGGCUGGUGAGGAAACGGGCGUUGUGACACACGAGCAGUUCAAGGCUGCACUCAGGAUGGUGGUGGACCAGGGUGACCCCCGGCUACUGCUGGACAGCUACACGAAGAUUGGCGAGGGCUCCACGGGCAUCGUCUGCCUGGCCCGGGAGAAGCACUCGGGCCGCCAGGUGGCCGUCAAGAUGAUGGACCUCAGGAAGCAGCAGCGCAGGGAGCUGCUCUUUAAUGAGGUGGUGAUCAUGCGGGACUACCAGCACCUCAACGUGGUGGAGAUGUACAAGAGCUACCUGGUGGGCGAGGAGCUGUGGGUGCUUAUGGAGUUCCUGCAGGGCGGGGCCCUCACGGACAUCAUCUCCCAAGUCAGGCUGAAUGAGGAGCAGAUUGCCACCGUGUGCGAGGCCGUGCUGCAGGCCCUGGCUUACCUGCAUGCCCAGGGUGUCAUCCACCGGGACAUCAAGAGCGACUCCAUACUGCUGACCCUCGAUGGCAGGGUGAAACUCUCGGACUUUGGAUUCUGUGCACAGAUCAGCAAAGAUGUCCCUAAGAGGAAGUCCCUGGUGGGAACCCCCUACUGGAUGGCUCCCGAAGUGAUCUGCAGGUGUCUGUAUGCGACUGAGGUGGAUAUCUGGUCUCUGGGCAUCAUGGUGAUUGAGAUGGUAGAUGGAGAGCCACCCUACUUCAGUGACUCCCCAGUGCAAGCCAUGAAGAGGCUCCGGGACAGCCCCCCACCCAAGCUGAAGAACUCUCACAAGGUCUCCCCAGUGCUGCGAGACUUCCUGGAACAGAUGCUGGUGCGAGACCCCCAGGAGAGAGCCACGGCCCAGGAACUCCUGGACCACCCCUUCCUGCUGCAGACGGGGCUGCCCGAGUGCCUGGUGCCCUUGAUCCAGCUCUACCGCAAGCAGACCUCCGCCUGCUGA